AUGGCCAGUUCCGGAAGCUCUGCACUCAUAGUUGUGUUGCUGAUCCUGUGCUUUGUCCUCAUCCUUCGUCAGAACCGCAAGUAUAUUCGAGACCUUCAGAAGAAAAUCAAUGAAGCUGAUGUCAGCGCCAAGAGGUUUGACUAUAAUGAGCUUCAAGUGGCCACCAAAAACUUUGCUCCAGAAAUGAAAUUGGGUGCAGGAGCCUACGGAGCUGUGUACAAGCUAAGAGCACACUCUAUCAAUGAAGCAACUGUUUUUGGAGACAACAGUGGGACAAAUGACUUCCUCAACGAGGUGAUCCUCAUUUCCAACCUUCAGCAUCGCAAUCUCGUCACCCUCAAGGGCUACUGCCUCCAUGACAAGCAGACACUCCUUGUCUACGAAUACGUGGAUAUCUCUGAUCUGGACAAGGUUCUUCUAAGUAGGACUUCAACCGAUGAGCAGGUGUUGGAUUGGCAAGCGAGGAUAAAUGUAUGCCAGGGUGUGGCGCAGGGAUUUGGAUAUUUGGCACCGGAAUACAUGUGCCAUAGCAUGUUAAGCCAUAAGGCGGAUGUUUUUAGUUUUGGUGUUCUGUUGCUGGAGAUCGUGAGUGGGAAGCGAAACAGAGACCUCACGAUGCCAGAGGUCGAAAUAUAUCUGCCCACUCGGGCAUGGAAAUUGAAUGAAGAGAACAGGCUCCUAGACCUGAAAGAUCCAAGGAUGCUUCCAAGCGAAGAGGAAGUUGAGGAGGUGCAACUACUUGAUACGGCCGUGUUGUGUGUACGAACAAUGUUGGCCAGGAAGGUGGAUAUUGCCGAUGAUUCUGAUACAUGGGCGUCAGAGAAUGGAAUAUUGAAUGAAUUUGAUGAUGGGACUUCUCAACAUCCUGUACAUCAGCUCCCUUAA